AAAUAAAGUUAUUAUAAUUCAAACAACAUGGCGGCGCUCUGUGGUCCACCCGUGCUGUCGGACUGAAGUUUUUUUUAAGCUUUUUGCUGCAAAUAAAAAUCAGAGGAGGUAUGGCCACUGCAGGGAAGCCAGGAACUAAAAAGGAACUCAAGAGGCAUGUUCCAGCAAAGACCUCCUUCACCUCACCCUUCAGCCCUAAAUGGAACCCACUCUCCCAAGAAGACAUGCAUUUCAUCCUGAAAACCCUGAAGGACAAGCUGGUUUCCACGGGUCUUGAGAAGAAAGAGGUGAAAGUGUUUCGCCCGUGGAGGAAAAAGAAAGACCAGAAACCUGCUGCCCCAUCAGAACCCGCCCCACAGGUGAGCCAGGACCCACAGGUGAGCCAGGACUCUCCCAGAAACGGCUGGACAGAUGUGGCAGCCAGAAGACAACUGGCCAUUGGCAUCAACGAGGUCACCAAAGCUCUGGAGAGGAACGAGCUCAGACUGUUGCUUGUGUGCAAGUCCGUCAAGCCCACACACAUGACGAGUCACCUGAUAGCCCUGAGCGCCACCAGAGGCGUGCCGGCCUGCCAGGUGCCUCGGCUGAGCGAGAGCGUGUCGGAGCCACUGGGGCUGAAAAGUGUCCUCGCUCUGGGAUUCAGACAGUGUCUCUACAAAGGUGACGAGGUGUUCGCGGACACCGUUGACGCCAUUACACCCAGGGUGCCUUCACUGGAUGUCGCAUGGCUACAAGGUGCAGCGCCCAGGGUAACACCUGAAGACCCUGCUGAGAUGGAAGAGGAGGCUGGCGAGAAGAAGGGCCAGAAAAGGAAGCUUGAGAGUGAACGUGAGGAGGUCACAGAGUCCGCCUCCUCCUGCACUCUGCAGCCUCUCAAAGUGAAAAAAAUAGUUGCCAACUCUGCAAAGAAAAGACAGAAAAAGGCAGAGCCAGUCAAAUGAGAUAUUAAAACAACAGUUUCUAUGUUUUUGUUCUAGCUCAGUGGUUUCCAAUGUUUGUUUUUUGGCUUUUGACCACCUAAAAUGAGGCACUAGUGUGGGCAUGAGGUUUGUGGAACAUCUUUUUUUCCUUAUCCAAUUAAUCGACUUGUGUGACGCCUCAGAUUUGUUCUGGGAACUCUCCAACCCCCAAAGCUUUAUCCCACAUAUCAACUGAGAAUAUCAGUUUUUAGUUGUGAAUUGCAUUUUUCUGACAUUUUGGGCAGCCGUUGAUUUAUAAUUGUUUAAUAUUGUGUGUAAUUCAUUCCAGUGAACUAGAACUGAAACACUUUUCCUUUGUGAGGAUUUGCAGCUUUUUUGGGGGGAGGUUGGACUGUUGUUUGUA